UCUCAAUACUUGGCACAUCCGCCGAAUUCGUUGCGCACAGUCAACCCGCACUCCUCCUCCUCCUCCUCUUCCUCCUCCUUCUCUGGGUCUGAACUUCUUAUUGGAACUAUUUCUAUCGAGCUGUUCACGGGAAAGGGCAACGACUUGGGAAGAUGAUGCCUCCGGAGCCGCUGCGAUCAGCGAUGACUAUGGGAAGCGCGGAGGACACGUCGCUCGCGAUUCCUUCCGAUCACAGUCUGCGUUUGGGACAGCAGCGCGUACUGGACCAGGUGCACACCAUCAAACGGAGCAAGUCGAGAACGGGGAAGAAUGGCACCCCUACUUCACCAAGUAUGAAAAAUUACUAAAUAUGUUCAGAAUAAUACUGCUAAGCUCUCUUACAGCCUUUUUAUUCUCGUGAAAAGAACUGUUCAGCUCAAAAGCAUCCUCAUAUGUUCCCUGUUGGAGCAAUUUGUACCUACCGCGUCCUGAGAAAAUGCGUCACCAAAACAAGCUCGCAGCUGUAUUUUCAUAACACCCUGUUUUUCUAAGCAGUGCUUUUCUCAGAUUUUGCCAGAACACUGUCAAAUGUUUCUUUAUUAGUGUGAAAGUAAGUAGUUUAGUAAGUAGUAUGUUUCUGUUGUCAGCUCGUACUUUUUUUGCAAGGCAGUCAACGACAGGUAGCUAUCAGAGGUGUGCCAACCGGUUCUGGGUAACACAUAUAGACUUGCCAGAGUUAAAUAGGCCACAUCAACGUGUGAAACUGGAUACUUGACUGCUGUUAGAAGAAAGGGUUUUUUUGUCAGUGUGAACUCUCAGGGACACUUAUAGAAGGAAAACAACCUUAUCCCAAACAGAGUGGCCUAUUUCAGUGGGAGUGAAGAAUGCAGCCCAUGAGCUUUGAAAGCCAACACACAUUUUGAAACCUUCAUUUUGGUCUUUCAAAACAUCUCUGGUGUUUGGCCUCACUGCAGCAGGAAUUAAGAAGAUCCACCAAAAUUGAGAAACAGAAAAUACUUUAAACUUGUGAAAUGUCUGCAGAAAUUCCUGACAUUCAGCUGUGGUAUAGGAGUGUCAUAUAGUGAGAUAAAUCAGGUUGAAUUUGUCAAUAAUCUGUAAACUAGCUUUUGCUUUCUUUGCGCUGUUUACUGUUUUAAGUGAUUGUGGAAUUUGAUGCUCAGGAUAAGGAUAAUAUUGUAAUCCACAGCACAGAUGGAAAAAUACAGCCCAUUUUAAAGACAUUCUGCAAAAGCAGUAAGUAUUUAUCUAAAAAGAAGAAAAAAGUUGACUUCGGCCAAUGCUUAGCCCACAUUAACUCUUUCUGUUUCACACAAAGUUUUAAAGUUGACCUGAGAGUUUGACAAAUAAUAAAUUGGCCCUUUCAAAAGUCAAAUGUUUUGGUGUUUUGGAAAGUUAGAUUAUGACCCCAGGGAAAAGGUCCACAAAAUAGUAGACAGUACAAGUUCAAACCACAAAGCCUUAAUUGCUACCCUGAUUACCUGACACAAAGAUCGCACUGCUCACCUUUUUAAUCCAUAAACCAUCAUUUUAAUCAAAACAAGUAUUGUAAAGUGUUGCAGAAAGUUACGGGAUGUCAAUCUCUGAACCUAAAUGGCUUAAUUGGUAGCCCAUUGAGAAGAGAGGCUUAUUUGGCCAGACAUAAGAACUUUUAUGGUUACUCUCUUUCCAAAUCAUGUUAAUUUAACAACAAAGAGGAGAAAUACACACUAUACUUCUGUAGGUCUUCAGAGUACUUUGAAACCAAAUCUAAUUGACACCACUGAAUCAGUGAAAAAGAGGAUAAAAACAUUGACAAAAUCUCCACCGUAAAGAGAGCAUGUGCAAAUUUAUCGCCCCAAACCUGCAUUAAUGCCUCAGGCUGCAUCACUCAUCUAGACAGUCUGUGGAUGUUAUUAUGUCUCUCCCAUUGGAGAUGAUGAUUUAGUUGUUUUGAUAGCCAUAAUCCUAAAAUGGUGAGCUUUGAGUUACUCUGAAUCAUCAGACAGGAAUAGGCAAAGGUAUGACGGCUCUGAUAAGGUUGGUUUCAUCCAACUGCCUGUGACUGGCAUGAUGUCAUGUCUGUCUUUCUGUGUGACUCUAAGUUUUGCAGGUGAUUAUGACGAUCAGUCACAUGAGUGAUAUUUGACUCAGGUGAUGAAUGAUAGAUCCUUCUUUAAUUUUCAGUUGAAACUCACCAUUGUAUUGAUUUAGGGACACUUAUUCUAUGAAACUGGAUAAUUAUCAGUGAAAAUUUAAAGCCUAGAAAAUGACAGUUUUCAAAACGCCUUUAUGGUGUCAUGUGUUUGAUGUUCAUCGGAUGGCUUAUCUCUGUCUUACAAGAACAUUCAUGUGUAGAUGUGUUGCAGAUUUGUUUCUUUUCAGUAAAAUGCCAAGGGUGACAAAGUCAUUGUCGGAUGACUUCUGUCUGACAGCCUAUUUUACAUCCUUGUUCUCCUGUCUGACAUUUCAUUCCUCACCCAUCUCUUCUUUCAACAGUCAUGACGAGUCCUCAGUCCUCCACGAUGUACGAGUUUUCAGCAUUCAAAUUCACUCCGAGCAAGGCAGCGAAUGGCCACUUCAGCCGCACCAACUCCACCCUGUCAACAGGCUUCGCCAAAUCGGUAAUUGCUCUUAACAAACCCUUCCUUGUUGCACAGAUUAUCACUGUUCAAACCCUUUCACACAUCACUACUUUAUCAGAUUUUUUUCUACAUCAUGAAAUUGUACUUAAACAGCUUAACUCUUUAACAGCUGUUUUCAUUUUUGCCCAUGACACUGUUUUUGUUAUGUGCAGCAACGAUUAAGCUCAAUAAGUAAAACAAAAAACUGCAUCACCAGGUUAAAACAAUAAAUCAAUGAAUAAUAUUAAUUGCUUGGACAAUAGCUGCUGAUUUGUUUUCAGCUAAACCUUAAGACUAGCCUUGCAUUGACCAGUUGCAACCAAAUUCACCCUCCAGCUCCUCCAAAACUUAUUGACAAUCAAACUAAAUGAGGACCCAGCCAUAUGGCUUAGAAGUUUUGUGCUGGCCUACUUCUUGGCUGACCCGCCAUGUUACUUUCUACAGUAGCACCAAAUCAGCAAACUAGUUGCCUACACAUUUUUGUAUUUAGAGAGUCAAAGAGGAGAGUAGUUGUUUUUGUGCCUAUGUACGGGUAGCUGUUUCUUGAUAAGCGGGGGAUUAGUCCUAUCAAGUAUUACAGAAGCUUCUUGUUCUCCAAGGCCACUGUUGCUUCACAUACGGGUGGGGUGAGCAAGGGAGCAUUUCAUCUAGAAUCUGAUCAUCAGAUGUCACUCAUAUUUCCAUUUGUACACCCUGUGAACGAAACCCAACUCUUGACAAAGGUUGAGGUAUCUCUGAAAUGAAAUGUCAAACUCUAGUGGUGGCUAGAAUAAGAUAUUGACUGCAAAAAUAUGUGAUUGUUUAUGGACAUGGCAUACAAAAAUGGUGAUAAGAUUCAAAUUCCCAGAGAUGCUUGGUAACUCCCAUUAUUACAAAAUCCCCUCCCGGCUCUCUGUUCAUGUUUGGCAACCCAUCUGUGAGAUGUUUGGUUUCUGAUGAUGUAAUCAUGAGCAAAAACAGACGCGUAGAGAUGAUCGUGACGUCUAAUAUAUUACUAUGGCUUUGCUUGUCUGGCACUUCUUGGCCACAUUUACUGAUCUGGUGCUUGUUACAGAUAGUUUGAUGGUUGUAAUUGUUUUUGUCAAGUUUCAAACUGGUUACCAUGAAUAUUUGUAUUUUCAUACGUAUUUUUCAGUUAUCAUUAGCAGUUAACAGAUGAUUAUAUUAUGGUUCACCUCAGAGCCAUGUGAGAUUUCCUAACUUGGGAAAUUCAUAAUGGUUUUCAAUAGUCAUAUCAGUUCCAGCGUUGGUGUUAGUAGCUCCAGCCUCUUUAGAGUCAGAUUAAGUUCAACUCAUUUGCAAUGCUUGACUAAUUUAAAUUCCCUCCAAGGAGUAAUGUUGACUUCAUCACUGUGGUUUUAAAUGGAAGGGUGUGUGCAUGUAUGCUGUUAUGAAUUUGCUAUGGGUUGGCCUAACCUGACCUACUAACAGUGAACUGAGGCAUGUCAGAGGAGUGUGGUAAUGGAUAAGUGUUCUUGUUGAUGAAGAAACAUCAUCAUCAUAACGUCAUGAAAUACGUAUAUCCCUGUCAGUCAUGUCUUGUUUUUUUUUUUUUUUUGUUUGAUUGCUGGUGACACUCUGUGGAUGAACUAGGCGUCACCUCAUCUAUAUCCCAAAAGUAAACUGAAUAUUUAAACUACUUGGCAGAAUAUAUCUUGAAGAGUUCCCUUGUUUGGUCAUACACUGAGCUCUGAAUCGUUAUUCACAAAGUAAAAUAUGAAUUUGUAUGAUCCUGUGUUGCGUGGAAAAAUAAUUUUACAAAUACUUGAUCUGAGUGACAGAAAAAUAAAUUUAUUAAAACAAAACAAGGAGCAGCACCGCAAAGAAUGAGCACAAAAACACUUGACAGAGCUAAAGCUGGGGGGUAAAAAAGUGUUACACAGAAUCACAGCAAGAGCUUCUCUAUUUCUUGACUUUUUGCUUCAUAGAGUUUCCAUUCCAUCCAUAGAGUUUCCAUUAUAAGCCGCAACAGAUUUGUCUUAAUGCUUUAAUAUUUGAAGUAUGACUCAGCUGAUUUACGAUGAAUUUAAGGAGUGAAAAAUGGGAAUGUCUUGAUGGAAAUAAAAUGAGCCACCUCUCAAUCAUAAACAUAACAAAACCGUGUCUUGCACAUUGAUAUGCAGCACUGAGCGAAACAGAAAUCUGAAAGUCAUAUCUAUCAUGUUAUAAACAGUCCAUACAAUAUGAUGGUUAAAAAAAGUCCCUUCUAGCUAUCUAAAACCAUUAUUACAUAAUUUUGACACUUAAGGUCAAAAAUGAAGGCUGAUAUCUACAGUGAUUCAGCCAAUAGCUUAUUUCUGUACCAAUAUUUUUUGUGCUUCUUCUUUGUAAGUCUUUGUGUCCGUUUUUCAAAUAUGCAAUGGGAUUUGAUGUUUUGAAAUUGUUACUAUGGUGGUCCCUCCUCUUUUAACGCCAUUGGAUCAUGUCUAACAAACUGCGUGUCACUAAUAUGUCUCAGAGGCGGUGUUAAACUGCCGCUUUGCCAACAUUAUUCUAAGUUUGGACAAGAUAACAAAUCAGUGAUUGUCCGACAGUUGACUUCUUCUGUCCAAUAAACUUCUUGUCUCUGAAUUAACACGUAGGUAUACUUUCUGGCCAGUAUUCAAUUGACACACAAUUGACACAUUAUUUGUAGAUGAGCUGAUGUCUAUCAACAGGGCAAAUAUCUGCCGGUUCCAGUGUUCAACCAAUCCCUGUGUUGUUUGUAUUUACCCUGCUGAAUUUACAUCCGUGUCACCUGUCGAGUCUGUGAUGUAAGGGGGGGCCCAGAUGGCUCCAUCAAGCAGCACUCAGAGAGCAAACACACACUGUCAGCUCUUAACAAAGGUGUCGUUGACAGAUUUCUGCUCCAUCAUGGUAAAUAACAGGGCAGACUUGCGGCUGGUAACUGAGCAACCAGUCCAGUUUGGGAGGGAGUGGAUUCACAGAGCCGAGUUUGUAAGUGGGUGUGUUUGUGUGCAUGCAUGCAUGUGUGUGUGUUUGUGGCCUACUUCCCUUUUAGCCAGUGAAUAAAUCUGCAAAUCAAAACAUCAACAUCUCAGUUCCAAGAUUGGUUAUGAUGGAAUAAUGUGAUUUCGCUGAAGUGUAUAUUAUUUUGGUGUGUCUUAAAAGGGAAAGUUUUUUCCUUUCUUUGUGUGUACGUGGGGGCAGACUUCCCUCCUUUCUACUACUAAUGAGUUCAAAGACAGACGGGGAUGUUCCUUCUGCCAGAUAUGUGAUUCUUACUGUUGUUUUUUUUAUAAGCCAAUGGAACAAGAGUUUAAUUGGAAGAAUGACUAAUAGUUAAAGCAUGCAUAGUGCAUGUUCUCUGACUUAACUCAGGUUGUGACAAGUUUUGUUUCUUUGUAAGUCUGCAGUAGCACUAGCAUUUUGUGUUUUGUACACUCCCAAACACAUGCACAUACACAUAAAACUAAGACAGUUACUUCUUUAAAAAAAAAGUGAGAAACAUAAAAAAACAACAUAAUUACAAGAGAUUAAGUGUCAAGAAAUCAGGAUUUUGAGGACUGGUUUAUCAGGUGUUGUGUGUGACUUGCACACACAAAGAUCCUCUGUGCGAAACUGCUCUGCCGGAGAUGGUGUCCUAUGACAGAUAUAAUGUUACUGUGGUUUGUGUGGUUGUUUGGUACUUUCUGUUGCCUUCGACAAAAACUAAGGAGAGGAAGAGGCAUGCAGGCUUUGUGUAAGGUCAAAUUCCUCUGACUUGGUCGGAGAUUACUUUUGAAACUGUUCUUGUGUAAAGUAGGUUACCCAGUUUUUUUUUUUUCUGACCAGAAGUGUUACAAAAGAUAAGCCUCAAGGUGAAGGAGAAAAGCCUGAUUUGGUUGUCUGUAUUAUCUGGCUGAUAGAUAUGUUUUCUGUUAAAUAGCACCAUAAAAAAAGCAUUUUUUACAAAACAUUAAAUGCAUAAACGAAUGUUUUGAGUAGUUCAGAAAAAGUGUGAUUGUCUAGUUUUACCCCUAUGAAGCAAAUUUUGCAGCCGAAACAGUAUUCAGUGAGUUUUCUCCCUCAAAUCACACACCGUUAAAUCUGUAUUUAACUCCACGUUUAGUAAACUCUGAUUUAAAUGUUGUUAGGAUGCUGUGAGCUCUGCUUAGGUUUAAAUUUUCUUCUUUCUCUUUAGUUCAAUACCCAGAGAGGUCGCACUAUGAACAGUAAAGCCAUGGGGUCAAGACAUGUCAGCACUUCAGGUGUAUGGGAACAGCAAGUCAACACUUCAGCCUGGCCAAAGGGUCCCAACGGGCUGAAACCCAGUCGCAGUGACCCUGCUUUGGCACCUCCUUUUACUGCCGCUCCUGCACCAAUAAUGGUAAUUAUUUUCAUGUAAAUUUAUAGUGCCAUUUAUAUACAGUGCCAUCCUGCCAUUUUUUUGUAUAUUACUUGUUGAAACAAAUCUACUUCACAACACCAUGAUUGCAUUAUCCUCUAUGUUAGAGAGCCAAAGGACAAACAGUUGCAAGCCAGCAAACCCUCCAGACUCGUGUGAAUAGACACAGCUCCUAUUCCAUGACCAACGGCAACGCCAUGACCACCAGCCAGACACGCAUCGUCCGACCAGCCUCUGCUUUAUCUCAAACCGAGGGCAAGAUGGGUACCCUCAAAGUUACCAAACUAGAAAACAUGUCAGGGUGAGUUCCCCGUCUUCCUCAGCCUGGACUGUUUUCAAGAGGUGCUCACUCUGAGUUGUUAUUUUGCUCGUCUUGCAUAAUUAAUUCUAGGUUGUUUCCUGGACUUCUCAUUGAAGACUUAUUCAGUGUCUCAUUUCCAAUCUCGUCUUUUGUUUCUCUGCCUGUUACUACAGUGUGAACAGCUCAACAGCCAUGUCAGACCUGACCCUAAAGGAGGCUGUGGAGUUCCUGACUCACCUCGAUGAAAAUUACCAGCAGUGUGGAGCGACCUUCAUCCAACACACCACCUUCAAGGAGGAGUCGGCCAAACAGGAGGUCAGACCACUUGAACGUUAAUAUACUUCAAUAUACUGCUCUGUUCUACUGUAGAAAGACCUUACAAAUCUGUGCAACAUCACACUCAUGUAUAUGUAUGAGGAUCACCUGUUGAGGCAGUACAAUUGGCUCUGUGAAGACCUUUGUGUAACCUGCCUGGAGGGAAAGGGAGGAGACAGCAUUCAUCAUCCCAUUUGGCUGCUGCUUCUAUAAAGUCAGUUAGUCGCCACGCCUGUCACUCCUACAAUUUAACACCUAUUUCCUUUUUUCUGUGUCCCAGGUUUACCAACUUGGAGGUAUUCCCCAUCUAGUAACCCUGCUGCGGAGUCCUCACCCUGGGGUGAGCCAGGCUGCUGCUGGGGCUCUGAGGAACUUGGUGUUCAGAGAUCACAACAACAAGCUGGAAGUUCAGCACUGUAGUGGAAUAGGAAAGGCCCUGCAGCUGCUAAAGGAGACAGAAUCUACCGAGACCCAGAAACAAAUCACUGGUAGGGCAAUUUUUUAUUGAGACUAGACCUUAAAUAAUGUUCAAGAGAUUGGCCUUCACAAAAUACCCCAAAUAUAAAUGUCUCUUACACUUAUUUGAACAUAGUGCAUGAGUAAAAACAACACUUCAACUAGUUAUUUUUAAAUAUAGUGUUACUUUUUUUGACAUGAAAACAGAACAUUCACUUAAAACUCCAAAUGUUGGUCUUCCUAACAGUUUCAUGUCUAUAUUUUUUCACCAAAGUAUCCUUUAUAAGGAAUAUUAAGUUUAUUUUUUGGUAACUAGCAAUCUAUGAAGCCUGCAUCAUGAAUUCAGACACUUUAUUUUCUCAGAGAGCAACAACCUUGAACCAAGACAGCUGACUUGUACUUUUUUUUCAGCUUGUAAUCUUUCAAAUUUUCUCUCUUCCUUGAAAUAUUCAGGCCUGUUAUGGAACCUUUCCUCUGCCGAUGAGCUGAAGGGAGAACUCAUAGCGACAGCGCUCCCUGCCCUCACUGAGAAUGUGGUGGUGCCGUUCACCAGCUGGUCGGACAGCAGCACCAACAACAACAUACACCCUGAUGUCUUUCACAGCGCCACAGGAUGCCUGAGGUAGGAACUCAGGCAUCUUUCUACUUUAACAUAUUGAGGCCUGUAUGACUUGAUGAUAGAAGCGAGGCAAAAGAUCUGUGCACGUCACUCGUAAGUGCUAUCGUAUAGCAUUAACAGAAGGAUCGAAUUCAUGUUAGUCCUUAGUCCACAUAAUGUAAAGGUUCACUGAAUAAGUGUUGUCAUUUUAGGUGCUCACUACUGCUCUAUUACACCUGUUUCCCAUCUGACAAAGUGUGAUGGAGCAAGUUACAUGUUAAUGCACUAACAGUCCUAAAUGAGAUAUUAUAAACUUGACACGUAGGUGCUCUCAUAUGGAUUUAAAUAAAUGAUUGGAUUGUGUGUAGGAACCUGAGCUGUGCCCAACAAAAAGAGAGGCAGGCAAUGAGAGAGUGCCCCGGACUCAUCGACUCCAUCAUGAGUUAUGUCCAGUCCUGCGUGGCAGAGGAAAACCCUGAUGACAAGGUAAAUAGUUUCUCUUUCCCACUCUGACCAACAGUACUGUUUACCCCAAAAACUUUAACAGAGAUCUACUAAGAGAGUCUACUUUUCUCUCUUUUGCAAGAUUGGAAAAUGAUUGCGUCUCAGUUUUGGGCUAUCAUUCAGACAAUACAAGACAUUUUUUAAAAAUUUAAAGGUCUUUUAUCUAUUAAAAGUACAGUUAAUAGAUAAAUAACUUCAAUAUAGAGGACAUUACUUAUUUCCUCUUAUUUAUUUAUCUAGUAUUCCUAUUUUUAUAACUGUUUUAUAGCUGCCUUGUUUGUGCCUCACUUGUUUUUUAAUCUUCUAUCCUAUCUUGUUUUAUCUUGCCCUACGUUUUGUAUACGUAGGCUACCUAUAAAGUCCUGACAUCUCCCUCUGCCCCAUGCUUAAACAUGUUUACUUGACUGACUGAUUUAUUAUUUAUGUAUGCCAUUGACUUACUGUAUGAAUAAAUGAAUGAAUAUGCACUGAAAAGCCACAAAUGAAUUGCCCCCUGUGGGAUAAAUACAGUCAUCUGAACUGAACUGAAGUUGAGAAAGAAAUUCAGGAAGUAUUCUUUGGCUGCAGCCAUGCUGAGAAGAGAGGGGGCAAGGAAAUACUAAUAUCGAUUUGUACUAUUUUAUUAGCUUGUCACAACAUUUUAUUCCACAUUACCACUCCAUCACUCUAUCAUGACGGUAAAGGAGGGAGGGAACAGUGUUUGUUUUUAUUUUUGAUACCAGUAGUAUCUCUGGGCAGAUGAUCACACGUGGCAAACAUGAACACACCCUCAUGAAUGCACACAUGCACACUUGCAUGCAAACACACCCACGAUCAUGGGUAUGUAUAAGAGGGUAAAUAAGGUAGGCUGAGUCAGCUUUUGUGUGUAUUCAGUUUACAUUCAUUUGUGGAAGUUACGCAUCGGGGUGUGCACUUAAUUGCCCCGUUUGUGACAGUAUGAUGUUUACAAAGGCUCCUUUUGACGCAGUCAGAGAGUAUGUUGAAAUAUCCUUGUUUUACUGGAUAUCAAUCUUUUCAAAUCAAUCAAUUUUGAGUAUCUUUCUUUUUCCUUCAUUUUUUUGUAAAGAUACUGAAACCAACACAACUUUAAUUAAGGAUAUAUGAAACCGUUGACAAUAUUUCAAAUCUCCUCAUCUCUCUUCUCUCGUAGUCUGUAGAAAACUGUGCUUGCAUCCUCCACAAUUUGACCUACCAACUGGAGACAGAGUCCCCUCAGUGCUUCAGCAAGUUCCAGUCUCUGUCAGAGAGCUACGCUGAGAGUAAGAAAAACUCCACAGUUGGGUGUUUCAGCCCAAAGAGCAGCAAGGCUCAAAAAGAGGUGGGCAUCUACUAACACAGCUCUGUUUCUGGAUUUUUGCUGAAUCAUGUUGGGCCUUUUCUUCUCACACUCUCACCCUUGUCACUUAGUUUGCUUUUGAUGUGGCUCGGGGAUUACCAGAGGACCCCAACCCAACAGGUGUGAAGUGGUUGUGCCACCCAAAAGCUAUGCAGACCUACCUGUCUCUGCUGGGCUCUUCUCAGAAAGAUGCCACACUGGAGGCAUGUUGUGGUGCCUUGCAGAACCUCACUGCCAGCAAGGGGGUGGUAAGUACAAAAAGAUAAUUGUAAGGCUAACCGUUGGUGUAUGGAUCGGAUUAAUUUUCAGGAACAGCAGCAGAGACACACUGUUAACAGCAAUUAUGAGUCAUAUUCAGAAAUCACGAGAAGAACUGGCUUGUUUUGUAAGAGAGGGUGGGGUCGUGUCCUCAGGGAUUCAGAGGUAAUUAGAGAAGGCAGAAUAAAUUAAAACAAAAGAAAGUGAAAGGCAUGGAUUGUAAAUGUCAAAAGUAUUACAAAGCUAGGUGGAUUUGGUGGCACAAUGAAAAUGGUAUUAUGGGCUGUCGAGCAAAAGCUAAAAGACGCUUCUCUCUCUUCUUCGUGUUUGCUCUUCUUGCAGGGCUCCAGUGUCAUGAGUCAGAUUCUGGUUCAGAAGUUGGGAGCUCUGAUGCACAUGUCCCCUCUUCUAUCAUCUCCAAAUCGGAGUCUACAGAAGACUGCACUGUCUCUGCUGGGGAACAUGUCCCGGACCAGCAGUUUGCAGAACACAAUGGGUAAAGAAAAGCAUGCAGUUAGAUCUUUUAGUGCUGCAGCUUCAUAAAUGUCUAGUUUGUCCACAUAAAACUGAUUUACUGCUUCCUGUGUCUUCACUCUAGCAAAGCAGAUUCUGCCUGGGCUCACCAGCCUCCUGUCUUCCUCUCCUCGAGAUAUGGGAAAUUCUGAUGAAACCAUAGCAACAACUUGCAGUACAGUACGGAGUCUGAUGAUGGCUGACCCUGAGGUCACCAAGAAGGCCAUUUCCGGUGAUCUGGUGAGAUCACUGGCUGACCUCAGUGAGAAUGGGUAAGCUUUAUGUAUUGAUCAUCUCUGUAUUCAGCCGUGCAAAACCUGAAUGAGUUUACAUAGGGUGACCAUAUUCAUACUUCCCAAUAAGAGGACGCUACUGCGUGGGGGCGGAGUCACGGAGUCGCACAAAGUUAAUUUUGAGAGUUUUUCGGGUCAGAUUGAGGGUCUUUUACACACUUCUAACUCAGUAAGUCCAGGUGACACAAACUCUAAACUUAGGUACAAAACUGCAGACAUUUGAAGGAUUUUAUAAACUUACCUGGUCACCCUAGUUUACAGCACUUGUAGCUGCCUAAAAGCUGUGUUUUUACAAUGCAAUGCACUGGAUCUGCACUGAAAUAAAUCUACUAUGUAGUGUUGUGAGCUACAUAAAAGAUAAAAAAAAUUGUUUAUGCUUAUUCAUGCGCCCCCCGUUUGCUCCUAUGUCACAGGUCUUUCCCUAAAGGCAGCAAAGCAGCCUCCCUGCUGCUCUACAGUUUGUGGAAUGAGAAGGGUUUGCAAGGAGCAGUGAAAAAGGUAAGUGUAAAAACUGUGUGUUAAUUUCUCCAGGCAGACACAACACAAAGCUGUUUGUGAUCGAGUGUCAUGUCAGAGCUGAGCACAUGCUCACAGCACUGUGCUGAAACAGUGGGAGGGCCCAGCUGGAAGUGGUUUAUUAUUACUCCUUCAGCUCACAUGCUCACUUUCCCUUCCCUCCUGCCCCACCCAGAGGUUCAAUGAAUACAGAAACAGUCACAGAGGAAUCCAGGCAGACUGGUUAUCAGUGCUCACUGUCUAUGAUGAGAGGAGUAAUAAUAUGCAAAGGUAGAUAGGUAGAGGAAGAAGAGGCUCAGAUAAAGUAGUCAGAGGAGAUUGAUAAUCUGAACAAAGGUUUUUUGUGUGUUUAAGAAUAUCAGACAUGCCUGUGACCUGUGAUAUGAGCAGCAGUGAUGUAAAUUCACACUGUUAAGCUUGAACAAAGUGACAGAGACCUGGCAGAAGAGAGGGAGCUCCUUAGUUUUCAAACUGCCAUUAUUCACCCUGAAGCUCCUCAUAAUAGCUGACACGGCGCAUUUCCUUUUAUAAUUGAAGAAAGGGUGUGUUGUAUGACUUUGUGUGUAUUUGAAAUAGUGCGACACCCUUAACUGGUUUCUUCAAAACUUUGUGAAUUCACAGCUGGGACUGGGCAAGUCUCUUUUUGUUAAUGACAACACCACAGCAGUGCACAGGUUGGCACAAGUUAUUGAGUGAUCGUGAUGAACAAUUUGAAAGGCGCCACAGCCACUGAAAGGUAAGAUCUGCUCCUGAAUGAUUCUCUCAGCAUGUGUUCAGAUUUAAAAGCUCAUUUGGGCCAAAAUAAGUCAAUUUGUAACACAGGAAUGACAUCUCUCUAUUUCUCUCUCUCCUUUUUUCCCCCACUGCUUGUGUGUGCGCUCACAGAUGGAAACCAGCAUGUUUAGACACUGCUGUGGCCACACCCUCGCAACGAGGAGCGAAAAUUACAUUCUUCAAAUAAUGACCUUGUUGAAAGAGCUCAUCAAUUAGAAGACAGUCAUGUGUAGUACGUACUAGAGAAAAAGGGAGCUUCUAAUGUCACCAUUAACUCUGCUGCGCCCUAUGUAUUUAAUUUGAAUAUUUUAUGUCUGUGUAUAUAAAGGGGUGAGUGUUUGAGGUAAAGUGUGUGUGAGCUUAGACCAGUUAGUAUGGCAUGAGAGUCACAAAACAACUCAUGAUAUGGAACAGUGCUAUCUGCAGUGAAAGUUACUUUAAGCAUGCAAUGAUUGCUUGAUUAAGGAGCAGCAGUAUUUUCAGGCGAGUCUAUAUAAGGUGGUCAAAAGAUAUAGUAUCUGUUGUGCCUUUGGGGAGCUGAGCAGAUAAAAUGAAAACACACCGUCUAGUUUUGAAACUCUGCUCCAUAAGUUCAGAUCAUGACCGCAGCACAGUCACAUUUUUUUUAAAUACAUAUUUUUUCAGUUUGCUUGCUUUCUUGUAUCAAAUAGAUUUUUUGGUAACACUUUACUUGACGCCAAUCUCUCUAACGCAAUAUAAAUAUAUGUUAUAAUCACAUUAUAGCACUGUAUAAGUAUAGUUAUAAACACUCAUAAAUGAUCAUAAUGCUUUAUAGCAAUAAUCAUAACACAUAAUAAAGCAGUUUAUCAUGACUUACAAGGUCAGGUAUUAUAAUGUGUUAUAAUACUUGACAUUAUGAUCAUUUAUGAGUGUUUAUAACCAUAGUUAUACAGUGCUAUAACGCGAUUAUAACGCAUAAAUAUAUUUAUAAUGGGUUACAGAGUAUCAAGUAAAGUGUUGCCGAUUUUUUUUCCAAAUACACACAUAGCAUAUAAAAGACUAAAAAACUGAGCAAACUCUCAGUCCAAAAAAGAAACUAGCUUCAUGAGGUAUUCGCUCAAUUAUUGCUGCAUUUGCAAUUUUAAUACAACGUGAAAUUUUUUGUUACUUUGUUCUGAUAUUUGUUUGACGCGAUGUUGUUUAUAAAGAAUUGAUAGAAAUAGCUUUUAACUAAAGUGCCUUGAUUCUUAAAGGGAUAGUUUGAUGCUUUGGAAAGUUUUUGGCAAAGGUUAAUUAGACUGUUGAUACUACACUCAUGUUUGUAUAUCAGAUAAAAGUUUUAACCAGCAACUGAUCAGCUUAGCUUAGCACUCAGACUAGAAAUACAGGAAACAGAACGGAGCAAAUUUGAUCUAUUUCUUUAACCCAUGUAGAUGCUGAAGUGUUACAUUUACACCCUGUGGUUUACAGGUUUUAUAAAGGGUCAUUUUCACAUUUUGUGUAUUGACAUUUUAAACGGAUGUUACCUUUGGUCAGAGCCAGAUAGCUGUUUCCUUCUGUUAUCAGUCAUUAUAUUUAGCUGUGCCAACAAAGCCUGACAGCUGUCUCAUAUUUACCAGACAUACAUGAAACCUCUGUGUUGAAUUUUUUUAAAACAUUUUUCAAAAUAUCAAACUAUUACCUGAAAGUGCAGUGUCAGCAGCUCUGUUCUUUGCUUUUGAAUUUUUAUAUUUUGUUGAUAUGUUCUCACUGUUGUUUGUUUUCUUGCAUAAACUGAGGAACUAGAACUAGAGACAGAAGUAUUGAUUAUAUAUAUAGCUCACAACAUGCAAAGCCAGGACCCGUUCUCUUUGAUAACCCCUGUAUAGAUAGAAACCCGGAGCUGUAUAGAUAAGUACGUUUGUCCCUGUAUUGUGAUUAGAUUCAUAGAACAGAUUUUAGGGACCGUGCCCUCCAAGAUAGUUGGAGUCGCACAGUCAAGUAUGUAUAAAUGUUUUUAAAAUUUAAAAACAGACUUUUGGUUUUUCAUCUGAAACUCCCAUGGCUUUUUUUUCUAUUCGCAGAGUUUAAGAGCUUAUUAAAGGGUAUCUACUCUCAUAAUCAUACACACUGUAAACAAGUUUGAAAUCUUUUAAUGACUCAUCAUCUAAGCAGCCUUGUUAAGAGACGAUCCCACAGCUCCAGCUCUACACCACAUGGACUGGUUUCAUGCUGAGACUCAUGGUUCGCUCUGAGGUUCAUUUGCCUCAUGGAGGAUUGAUGACAGUAUUCCUUAGAAUGUGUUUUCGGAGAAUUGAGUGUGUGGCGUAUAAUUAGGAGCUUUUUUUUCUGUCACUCAGUGUGUUUAUAGAAUAAAUAACAGAUAUGAAGACAAAA